GGACAUCAUAAUUAAUAUUCUAUCUCAAUAAGAAAUAUCAACGUCUCUCAUGUUGAUGUUUCGUGCUCAUCUUACCUUAGCAGGCUUCAAUUUCGGAGCUGGUAUUUCAACAACAAAUGCUCCGAAGGAGAAGGUGGAGUGCGUGGUGAUAGGAGCUGGGGUGGUGGGAUUGGCAGUGGCCAGAGAGCUGUCGAUCAGGGGGAAAGAAGUCCUGGUCGUGGAUUCCGCCCCCACGUUCGGCACCGGCACCAGCUCCCGCAACAGUGAAGUCAUCCACGCCGGAAUUUACUAUCCUCCCAAUUCCUUCAAGGCUCUUUUCUGUGUUAAAGGGAGGAAGUUGCUAUAUAGGUUUUGCUCAGAACAUGGGGUACCUCACAAACAGAUUGGUAAACUUAUAGUGGCUACUGGAGCAUCAGAGAUCCCUCAGUUGAAUCAUCUGUUGAAUUGUGGAAUUGAAAAUGGUGUUGAAGGUCUUAGGAUGUUGGAGGCUUCUGAAGCCAUGAGAAUGGAGCCGGAAUUGCAAUGUGUCAAGGCCCUACUAUCGCCUGCUUCUGGGAUUGUUGAUACCCAUUCUCUGAUGUUGUCUCUAGUGGUAUGCAUAUCUAUUUUUCUUGAGCCCGUGAUUACUGGGAAUAUUAUCCAGGGGGAGGCUGAAAGUAACAGAACAACCUUCUCCUACAACACUACAAUCAUUGGAGGUGAACUUGAAGGACAUCAAAUGUUCCUCUAUGCAUCAGAAAGCAAAGAUCUUGGAAACUGGGAUGGAAGGACUUCAUUGCACCCAGAUCUUAUUCUGAUUCCUAAGGUAGUUGUUAAUUCUACAGGCUUAAGUGCCCCAGCACUUGCAAAGAGAGUCCAGGGUCUGCAUCAUGGUGCAAUUCCUCCUUCAUAUUAUGCCCGUGGUUGCUACUUCACUCUCUCAAAUACUAGGGUCCCUCCUUUCAAACGUUUGAUAUAUCCCAUACCAGAGGAAGGAGGCUUAGGAGUGCAUGUCACUCUAGAUUUAGAUGGCCAGGUCAAGUUUGGACCAGAUGUUGAGUGGAUCACUGGUGUGGAUGACAUAUCAAGUUUCCUUAACAAGUUCGACUACACAGUAAAAACUGAUCGUGCUGAAAGAUUUUACCCAGAGAUACGCAAGUAUUUCCCAAACCUUAAAGAUGGAUCUCUAGAGCCAGGUUAUGCUGGGAUUCGACCCAAACUUUCAGGUCCUGGACAGGCUCCGUUUGAUUUUGUAAUACAGGGAGAAGACACUCACGGGGUACCUGGUCUUGUAAAUCUUUUCGGAAUCGAAUCACCUGGCCUGACUUCAAGCAUGGCAAUCGCAGAAUAUGUGGCUUCAAGAUUCUGAAGUUGAUAAAGUACUCUCUAAAUUCAACCUCUGUAUUCUUGCCCUUGCAGACUUCUGCUAUAGAAUUCAUACAGAAGAUGCUAAACCUGUUGCUUGUCUUCUUCUGAAAGAUGAUAUUAUGCAUGUGUUUGUGUCUGAUUAAGCAUUUCAGCCUAUGAAAUAAAGGAUUUUCUAUGUUCAUGGAACAAAGGAUUUUAGGAAUA